AUGGUAGAACCUGCCAUAGAGGAAGCGAUUGUGGAGGUCGAAAAAAGAGGGUUACUCCCCUUUCACGGGUUAAAUGUUACGAAAUACAAUACUAAUUGUGAUGCCAUACGGGCACCUGUUGCUGCUUUUCAUUUCAUGAACGAUGGUGGACACGCAUUCUUCGGUCCUGUCUGUGAUUAUAGUCUUGCGGCAGUUGCUAGAUAUGCUCCUUCGUGGGAUCUUCCGGUUGUCUCCCCUGGGGGACUUGCGCAAGACUUCCGGGACAAAGAAAAAGAAUACCAAACGUUGACCCGUAUGGGAAUGGCAUUUGACUCAAUGACAAGAUUCCUUCUCGCUGCUAUAGCCCAUUACCGGUGGCCGAAACUAAAACUUCUGUAUGACCCUGAUGGCCAAAAGGAAAUUUCGGAGAGAUUCUGUUUCUUAGUGGCUUCUGCUAUCAUAAAAGAAAUUAAAACGAAACGGAAGGAUAUGAAAGGAGAUUACAAACAACUGACGAAAGAUUCGUCAACAUAUGCCAAGAUUCUUAGGGAGGACGUCGGGGUGAAAUAUUCAGAGAAGUUAGAUACAUGGGGGCCGUUGUUUUCAAGUCCAGAGAAGUUAGAUGCAUGGGGACCGUUGUUUUCAAGUCCAGAGAAGUUAGAUGCAUGGAGGCCGUUGUUUUCAAGUCCAGAGAAGUUAGAUGCAUGGGGGCCGUUGUUUCAAGUCCAGAGAAGUUAUAUGCAUGGGGGCCGUUGUUUUCAAGUCCAGAGAAGUUAG